GGCGGCCGCUCCGGCUCGGCUCCGGUUCCCAGUGCCACCCCCGCCGCACCCCCUCCCCUCCUCCCGCACCCGCCAAACUUGAUGUGACCCCAGACCGACGCGGCGGCCACCCCUCUCACCGCCCCGCGCGCCCCCCACCGCCACCCCGCCCCGCACCCCCGGAGCGCACCGCUCACCGCGCCCCCUCCCACCUCCUCGCCGGGGCCCGGCGCCGCGCUCGCCCUCCGCAUUCCCUUCCUCUCGCCACCCCCGCCCCACCCCCCGCACCAUGAGCAACCUGAAGCCGGACGACGAGCACAGCACCAGCACCGGCACGGGCUCGGGCUCCGGCGGCACCCUGGAGGAGGAGGUCCGGACACUGUUCGUCAGUGGCCUCCCUGUGGACAUUAAACCCAGAGAACUCUACCUGCUUUUCAGGCCGUUCAAGGGGUACGAAGGGUCCCUGAUCAAGCUCACAUCGCGACAGCCUGUCGGUUUUGUGAUCUUUGACAGCCGGGCAGGAGCAGAAGCAGCCAAGAAUGCAUUGAAUGGUAUUCGCUUUGAUCCAGAGAACCCACAGACCCUGAGGCUAGAGUUUGCCAAAGCCAACACCAAGAUGGCCAAGAACAAGCUAAUGGCUACACCAAACCCCACCAGCGCUCACCCUGCCCUAGGAGCACACUUCAUCGCCCGGGACCCCUAUGACCUGAUGGGGACUGCUCUGAUCCCCACGUCCCCAGAGGCCUGGGCCCCCUACCCUCUGUACACCACAGAGCUGACCCCAGCCAUCUCACAUGCUGCAUUCACCUACCCAGCUGCCACUGCCGCCGCCGCCGCCGCCCUGCAUGCUCAGGUGCGCUGGUACCCUUCCUCUGAUACCACCCAGCAAGGAUGGAAAUAUCGUCAGUUCUGUUAGUUCUUCAGUCUAGUUACCACAGCUUGAAGCCCCCACCCCGCUGGGGAGGAAGCUGCCCUGAGCUUCCACUGCCCCCAGGCGGCCUGGGGAGAGCUGCUGCUUCCCUCCAAAGACUGUGAAUUUUAAGCCUGACUCAGUGGACUGCUUCCUGUUUCCUUUCUCUCCUCUUCCUCAGCCCUGCCCUGCCCCAGAGCCCUUCUCCAAGGCCUCACGGGAGGAUUCAGGGGCCUCCUCCCUGGGACACCCAGACCCGGCUCGGGGGCCUCACGGGGACCGAGCAAGGCCCAACCUCUGCUCCAGACUUGCUUCUGUAGCUUCACCUCAGAGAAAUGAGGCAUUUGAUUUUGCAUGUUUUCUGGCAUGAAUUAAGACACUUAGACUUGUGUAUAUGUGAGUGUACAGUUUGUUCUCACAUUGUCACCAUAGCAACAGGUCCUGGCCUUUAAUGGUUCAUCGUUCCUGGUCCCUCUCUCCACGCCCCUCCCCUGCACCCACCCCGCCUCAGUGAGGCCCAAGCCCUGCGGCCAGUUCCACCCGGCACUUCCCGCCACCCCACACGCUUCCAGGCUGAACAGCAAUGACCACCCAACCAAGAUGGAGUGUUUUCCUUUCAGACCAGGGUCCUCCGCUUCCUCCUCAGAUGGGCCAGCAGCUGUUCAGAACAUCCCGUCUCUGCCCAUUUUGCUUGCCUUUCCACAGCGCACCCACCCUGCCAUUGCUCCUCAUUCUUUCCAAACUUCGAAACCAACCAAAAAGUGAAAGUAUUUUUGUACCCUGUGUAACAAAAUAUUUAUGCAUCAUAAAGGAUUUUUCAUGUGUGUGUGCAAUUAAUUAUUGAAGAGACCUUGUUCGCCCUGUCAGAUAAGUUUAAUGUUUAGUUUGAGGCAUGAAGAAGAAAACGAUUUCCAUUCUCCAGCUAUGAGCCUUUGUGUCAGGCGUUAGUUUAAGAAAAAUGAAGGGAAAAUUGUGCAAUUUUUUUGUUUCGUGAGCACGUCGGUGCUUUGCCUUUGGCCGCAGCUGUGGCUGUCUUGCCAUUUUCAGACUUGGGAGACGAGGUGGCUGUUGUAAUUGCUGAUCCUGUGAGAAUGUGAAACUGGAUGAUAGAUGAAA